UUUUUUUUUAAUUUCUGUUUUUUAAUUUGUCUUUCCCGCGUGCGUGCGAGCGAAGCAGAGAGAUGUUCGCAGAAUCGCUGUGCGGCGCCGUGGCUCUGGUCCUCUAUGUCAACACUCUGGGCGCCGACUUCUGCUACGAUGACAGCCGUGCAGUCAAGACCAAUCAGGACCUGCUUCCGGAGACCCCCUGGACAAAUAUCUUCUACGAUGACUUUUGGGGCACCUUGCUCACACACAGUGGCAGCCACAAGUCCUACAGGCCCCUGUGCACGCUCUCCUUCCGCCUCAACCAUGCCGCGGGUGGGCUGGAGCCGUGGGGUUACCACCUGGUCAACGUGGCGCUGCACGGGGCCGUGACGGGCCUGUUCACCUGGCUGGCCCGCCUGCUGCUCGGAGGAGGCCCGUGGAGCCUGCUCGCCGGCCUCCUCUUCGCCUCGCACCCCAUCCACACCGAGGCGGUGGCGGGCGUCGUGGGCCGGGCCGACGAGGGCGCCGCGCUGUUCUUCCUGCUGUCGCUGCUGUGCUACAUGCGCCACUGCCAGCUGCGCGGCCGGGCCGGGCGCUGGCGGGCGGCGGCCUGGUUGCUGGGCAGCCUGUGCUGCGCGGCGUGCAGCAUGCUUUGGAAGGAGCUCGGGGUGACCGUCCUGGCUGUGGCAGCCGUGUACGACGUCUGCGUCUUCCACAGGCUCAAGCUGCGACAGGUCAUCGUGCUCCUCUACAAGAGAAAGAACGUCCACCUGCUGCUGAAUGUGUUCUUGCUGGCAGCCUGCGGAGCCGUCCUGUUGGCCUGCCGCUUCUACUGGAUGGGCAACAAGCCCCCCAACUUCUCCAACUCCGACAACCCAGCAGCCGACUCGCCGUCUCUCCUCACCAGGACGCUGACGUUUUCCUACCUGCCCGCCGUCAACUUUUGGCUCCUGCUCUGCCCGAACCGGCUCAGCUUUGACUGGUCGAUGGACGCCCUGCCCCUGAUCAGGGGCCUGUCCGAUUGGAGGAACGCUCACACUGGAGCCUUCUACCUCGGGCUGCUGAUGCUGGCGUGGUUCGGCCUGCGGACGCACCCGGCUGGGGUGGCGGAGGCGGCGGCCAGAGGCAAGGAGACCAACGGCAAAGCGCAUCACUACACCAACGGCAGGAACGGGAGCAGCAACGGCCACGGCGGCCAAUGCGACAGUCGUGGGCACUUGAACGGUUGGCACGCCGACGCCCACGUCAACGGCGGCGAGCAGAACGGCGGCCAGAACGGCGGCCAGAAGCGCUGCGAGAGCCGAGCUCCUCUGCCCACCACUGAAAACGUGGUGGUGUUCUCGCUGGGCCUGUUGGCGAUCCCUUUCCUCCCCGCCACCAACCUGUUCUUCUACGUGGGCUUCGUGGUAGCCGAGCGGGUCCUGUACAUCCCCAGCAUGGGCUUUUGCCUGCUGGUGGCGGCGGGGGUUAGGUCCCUGCACGUGCGCGUGCGGCGCCGCUCCUCCAGGGCCCUCCUGGUGUACUGCAGCGCCGCCGUCGUUCUCGUCUUCGCCGUCAAGACGGUUUUGAGGAACAGAGACUGGCAGAAUGAGGAGAUGCUCUACAAGUCUGGAAUUUAUGUCAAUCCUGCUAAAGCAUGGGGCAACCUCGGAAAUGUCCUGAAGAGCCAGGGCGAGAUGGAGCAGGCUGAACAGGCCUACAGAAAUGCCCUCUAUUACCGCAGCAACAUGGCUGACAUGCUGUAUAACCUCGGUUUGCUGCUACAGGAGAGCAACAAGUUCUCCGAGGCCCUCCACUACUAUAAGCUGGCCAUUGGGAGCCGGCCAACUCUGGCUUCGGCCUACUUGAACACAGGCAUCAUUCUGAUGAAUCAGGGACGCCUGGAUGAGUCCAAGCGAACCUUCCUGACCUGCGCCGACAUCCCAGAUGAAAACCUGAAGGACCCCCACGCCCACAAGAGCUCAGUGACCAGCUGCUUGUACAACCUGGGCAAGCUGCUCCACGAACAGGGACACCAGGAGGAGGCCCUCACAGUGUUUAAAGAAGCAAUACAGAAAAUGCCAAGACAAUUUGCACCACAGAGCCUCUACAACAUGAUGGGAGAGGCCUACAUUAGACUGAACAAGCUGACCGAGGCCGAACACUGGUACAGGGAGUCCCUGCGAGCCAAGCCGGACCACAUUCCUGCACAUCUCACCUAUGGAAAACUGCUGGCUCUGACGGGGCAGAAAACGGAAGCGGAGAGGUACUUCCUGAAGGCCAUUCGACUUGACCCCGCUAAAGGCAACUGCUACAUGCAUUACGGUCAGUUUUUGUUGGAACAGUCGCGGCUGCUGGAAGCUGCGGAGAUGGCGGAGAAAGCGGCUCGCCUCGACAGCGGGGAGUUCGAUGUGGUCUUCAGCGCGGCCCACAUGCUCAGACAAGCCAGCCUAAACGAGGCGGCCGAGAAGUACUACGGACAAGCAGCGAGCCUGAGACCCAAUUAUCCUGCCGCCUUGAUGAACCUCGGGGCGAUCCUCCACCUCAACGGGAAGCUGCAAGAAGCCGAAGCCAACUACCUUCGAGCACUUCACCUGAAGCCGGAUGACACCAUCACCCAGUCGAACCUGCGUAAGCUGUGGAACAUCAUGGAGAAACAAGGCCUGAGGACCAUGAGCCCCUGAGCUCACCCUGUCACACCUACAUGAAGUAUUGCCCACCUGCCACCUGUGAGCCACACCUAGCAGGAAGGACGGGGCUGCUGCACGCGCCUCUCUCUCUCUCUCUCUCUCUCUCUCUCUCUCUCUCUCUCUCUCGGUGGCCAUUGAAGAUGGACGAGGCUCGGGGUGGAUGUGCAAGACCAUCACAAGCGCUGCUCACAGUCUGGAAGGGCGCUGCGUGGUAUUUGGACUCUAAAGAACCUUCUUCAGAUCAUUGCUCUCAGAGGAACCACAUUUUUUUUUUUUUUUUUAGAACUAGAGCACUAGGACUUGAAGACUGUACAGUGGGUUCAUUCUUUGGGAUGAAUUAGUUGUUUUUUUCCCAAAUGAAGAAUCUUAUCUCAAAGGUUUUUACAUUUUCCCCUGAGCAGAGUGAAAUAAGAUUUGAAAUCUGCACUAGAUUUGCCAUCAUAAUUAAAUAAGCAUGUUUGUUUAAUCUCAAUUUUCAUCUUGGUAAUGGAAAAAAAAAGUCAAAAGUCAAAGUCAAAAUGAAGAUUUGGAUUUAACACCCAGCGUCACCAAAAUAGGUUUAAAUCACUAAAAUCUCUGACCAAUUACCACCAAAUCACUAUAAUCGUUUUUCUCAUGAGAUUCCUCACACCUCCUCAUGAGGAUAUGAAAAAGACCGCCAUCACUUCAAACCAUUUACAGCAGAUGUCCGAAUGUUUGCUGAAAACUUGAAAAAGGGAUUUUUUAUCCGGUAGCCAUUAGAGAACAAUAUUAGCCUCUAAAAGCUCCACCAAGGCCACAAUUUGCCAAAAGCAAAUAUGUUUCGGCAAGAGAACUGUGACUCUGUUCACCUUGGAAUGCCUGACAAUAAAAAGGUGUGAAUCUUUUGCAGCGAACAGGUGGCCAUUUUUACCGUUUCAAGUCACCAUGGUAACACAACAGGCAACAGUAAAAAGGCUGUGAAUGGAAACGAGGCCCGGGGGCCGGUCCAGUAGUUUGCUUCAAGUCUCUCCGCAGGCCUGAACGUCUAACAAACAAGUGUGAGGAGCUGAAACUGAUCACAGACUGUUUCUAAUCCAAUGCAAAAGCGGUGCCGACCCUUUCCAUCACGGAGCAAUGCGCUUAGCAUGACUAAGGGAAAUGUUUAGCUGCAUAUGUUGUUAUUGGAAUAGAACUAAUUGCAUUGCGUUUGUAUAGAUGAAUCCUAAUAUAUACCUACAUUGUCUAUAGUAUACAGAAACUCUUGCAGCAUUAAAGCUGCCAAACUUAAAGUGGAAUCUCAGAUAAGUUUUGUCCGUUACAUGAAGUAUUUCCCAUAUUGUCAAAACUCCCUCUUGAAGUCUUGUUUGUUUGUUUGUUGUCAGCAUACACUAAGUGAAACAGCACCUUGCGUGAUGAACAUAUGAGUAUGUACAGAAUUUGUCAUGGGCCACAAACCUGCUGGUUUCUUGUGCGUUCUUGAUCUAAACCUUGUAAAUUAUUGCUCUCUGCGUUACCGUAGCAACAGAACCGGCUGGACCUGUGUUUUUAAAUGUCAAAACGAAGGAAGUUAGCGGACGUGGUCAUAGGUUUCACAUGCAGUUGAGUUGCUCAUCGUUGGUAAAGAGCCCAGAGUGAAUACGAGAGAGACGUUGCGUAUGUCUGUCACGUGUUGCAGGCACACUGAUGGUCGCUAGUGAAAAGUCCAGUAAGAUCAUCACGGUUCACACUCGCCUCACAGUCACCUCACACGGCGCUCUGUCGAAGAGCUCGCCGAGUUCUCCCGUGUUCAUCGGCUGUUUAUGGACAAACGCUGAUCACCGUUAUUGCUUGAGUGUAAAGAUGUAAAAAGAGAAGAGGUGUUUCACUCUGUGUGUCUGCUCAGGGAUCUCAAGCGGUGGGUUAUUGCAGAAACUUGUUCACAGAGCGUUUACUAAAUUAAAGAUUUAUUUUUGGAAGUUGUCGUAUUUGUAUAAAUUAUCGAGAUUUGUAGCCUUUUUCUCCAUUUUGUAAUAUAAAAAAAUGAACAAUGUGCCAGGAAAUAUUUUUUUCUUCACAAGGUUGCUUCUUUUUCCACAAUAAAUUGAUUUGUGUUUUCCUUUUGCUUUG